CGCAGUGCUGGCUGCGCUAAUAGACUACACGAGCGUCGUACCGGUACCAUGCGCCUCUUAAUUGCAGGCACGCGCGCUGCAGCCACAGGUGCUAGCCCGGUGGCCCAGGGCGCGGCGUCGAAUGUACAGGUACGGGUGCCCCUCAGAACCUGCUGCUGCACGCUGCGCGGAGUACCGGCUACCUAUACGUAACUUCAAUUAUCGCCUUGCCUCUGCUUCCGAGCUCUGCCUCUUCGCCUUUUUUUUUCUCUCUCCCUUUAUCUGUGUCUGCCUGCAUUGCCACGCAGCUCGACGCCUGACUGUUCCCAACUCGAUCCCUCUCGACUCUCCUUUGUCCAGACCAUCACUCCUUGCCGUGUUCGCCGCCGCUUUCUUUUGUUCACCACAGCUUUGAAUUCAUCCGCCCCGAAGCUUAUACGAUACAAGAGCCGGCUUCUCCACCCCCUCCCCUGCAGGCUGCCCAGCGCGAGAAGAGCUACCUAAUAACGUCUCUUUCCACGUCUGCCGCUUCUUCUUCCUCCUCUCCUCCUCUC